AUGAAGAAGGUUUCGCCGUCACCUGGUGAGCACUAUUUGGAAGACUUUGUAAUUGGCGAUGAAAGAGGCCAAUCGAGUAAGCGACCGCUUUCCGGAGCCUCCAACUCCUACCAGAAGCGCAUUGCCUCUGGGAGUUCUGAGGAUACGAGACACUCUAAUCAAGUGGAUGAUGGCGUCACGGAAGAAGACAAGGCUGAUGUUCACACCACGAAUCGCUUCCAUCAUGGCAUCAGUGAAGCUCUGCAGACGUAUGCGUAG